GAAAAAAGUUUUGGUCGGUGAAACACUGCUCAGCUUGGAAGGACUUGGUGUUUCUCCUUUUCUUGUGAAAAUAGUUUUUCUGCAUUCUACGCUUGCAAAAUGGCUUUCAUUAUUACAGUUUUACUGAAGAAACAGAUAAACUUGCUGGCUUUCUAUAUUGUGGUUGGAACAAUUUUAAAGAUGCCCAAUCUGUCUGUAGAAGCGACACACAGUGUGAAAGAACAGAAGAAUUCAAGUUUCUUCUGCUAUAAUGAACCACCAGAUGAGGCUUUAAAGCCUAACGUAAUUAAAUUAUAUCUUACUGAGCAAAACUUAAAAAUCAGCUGUUAUGUAUAUGAUGUAAAUCUGGAAGAUACUUUGGAGAACAGAAGGAGGCUUUUGCUAUUAUAUACAUCAGCAGGACUUACACCCAGCAUUCAGAUCUUCAACAGUACCUAUUCUAAAGUCUUCUACUUCAAAAUGAAACUGGAAGAAAAUCAAACGACUUGGACUAUUGAUAUCCCCAGACAAAAUAUUACAUAUAAUACAGAUGUUGCUUCAAUAGAGGAAUGGUUUGUAAACUUCAUGAUGCAUUAUGGAUUAAACAAGUUUACAACUAAAGGAACUUUAUUGGAUACUCUUAGAGAGCCACUUCUUCAAUGGCAACUGGGUGAACCAGUAUCCCCUGAUGAAAUUAGUUCUCUAAUACCUUAUGUACGAGGUAUCAAAUUGUCAAAACGCACUUGUGCCAAUGAUGUGGCAUUACUUGCUCUCGUAUGUAAUGGUACAGUUGAAG